CAAUCCCGUGAGCUGUCAUCGGGAAUCAAUGAACGCGAAGGACCCUGUCCGUACCCAUUUAUUUGGCGCAAGCGGUAUAGGUUCAACCCGUGGCUAUUGGCAUCCAUAGGGGAUCUAUAGUCUAUAUUCCGAUCUUGAAUUAUAGGCAGCAUCUUAAAAGUAAAAGCCAAUUCAAUUCUGAUCGCAUUGAAAAAUGGCGAAAUCUGGUAUUUUCGCAUCAUCGAUGCAAUUCCUCUUUCUCACCGUCCUCUUAUGCUCGUCAUUUUCCGUUCCAGUUGAUGCAAAACCCAAAUCCCCUGCAGCUUUUGUCAAGAAGACCAUCUCUUCUCAUUCCAUCGUCAUCUUCUCCAAAUCGUACUGCCCAUAUUGUAGACGGGCAAAGGCUGUCUUUAAAGAGCUGAAGCAAGUGCCAUAUGUUGUUGAACUUGAUGAGAGAGAUGAUGGUGGAAACAUUCAGAAUGCCUUAAGCGAGAUUGUUGGUAGGCGUACUGUACCGCAGGUUUUCAUUAAUGGAAAGCAUCUGGGGGGCUCUGAUGAUACUGUCGAAGCAUAUGAAAAUGGAGAACUGGCCAAACUUCUAGGCAUUGCUACGACAGAAAACGAAGAACUUUGAGCUAGUGAUCAUUCAAAUUUUAAACGAAGGAUAUUUUUACGUUGAUUUUGAUUUUAUUUAGUAACCAUUUAGUGGAAGUAUGGUUGCUGAAUCAAGUUUCAUAUUACUUUCCUGCUUUGUACUCUUCAUCAAGUAUACUUGGAUUGCAGGAUUCCUUUUGAAAUGACUUUUUUUAGUCUUCCUUGUCAAUUUCUAUAUAAUUAUGAAGAUUAGCUUGUGAACUAAGCGAUUUUAGAAUUGCUCUUUCUUCUUACAUUAUGAAAGGUUUCCCAGUUUCUCUUGUUU